CACUCAACACACCUGCCCCUCCCACAUCUGUCACUCACCUGUCGUCAAAUUAUCGCGAGGCGAGAUCUCGCGCUGUGAGGGUGUAAACGGAGCGCGAGGAAGGUCAGGAGUUGUGUGCUCAACUUUAACACCAUCGACAUCAUCAUCUACAACAUCAUCUACAACAUCAACAUCGAACUUUCCAGAGGUAACCACGAGCGUCGUGGUACGACUCAGAACCCGUGGCCGCCGAAUGUCCUCCACGCCCCUCCGCACGGCCCCUGAGCACGGCGCCAUGCAGAGCGACGAGUCCGAGGAUGAGUACGACGCCACCGAGAUGAAGCGCCUGGUCAACGACCACGACGCCGGUGCGGGCGUCCUCUCCGAGCCGCAAAAGAGGCGGCGUUCUCGCCGGGGUCCGGACGAGGCGCCGUGCGCGGCCUGCACGUGGACGCGCGCCCUGGGGCUGUGCGCGGGCGUCCUCGUGCUGUGCGUCGCGGCGGCCUCGUUCGCCUACCUCUCGGGCGACUCCGGCCACACCGUGGUGGACGUGAAGCUGCCGGACGGCGUGGCGCUGCGCGGCCUCCACAGCACCUUCGCCUACGCCUUCCUCGGCAUCCCCUACGCCGCGGCGCCCGUGCGGCGCUGGGAGCCGCCCCGCAGCGUGCAGGGGGCCCUCUGGAACGGGACGUACGCGGCCACGGCCUACGGGUCGCCCUGCGCGCAGCGGGGCCCCGCGGGCGAGGUGCUGGGCCGAGAGGACUGCCUCUACCUGAACGUGUGGACCCCCACCCUGGGUGGCGCUGCGCGGCUCCCCGUGAUCGUGUGGCUGCACGGGGGCCACCUGACGAGGGGCAGCGGCCACGAGGAGGGCUUGGCGCCCGGGGAGGAGACGGCGGCGCAAACCAACGCCGUCUUCGUCAGCCUCAACUACCGCCUGGGCGCGCUCGGCUUCCUGGCUCUCAAGGAGCUGUCGGACGAGAACCUGGAACACACUUCGGGUAACUACGGCCUUAUGGACCAACUGAAGGCGCUCAGGUGGGUACAGAAAAACAUCGAGGUCUUCGGCGGAGACACCGGCAACGUGACGCUGCUGGGAUACGAGGCGGGUGCGGUGUGCGCCCUGGCUCUGGCCUCGUCUCCCGCCGCCCGCGGCCUCUUCUCGCGAGUCGUGGCCAUGAGCGCCUCGUGCCGCAUGCUGCAGCCCAGCCUACGGGAGGCCGAGGAGCGUGGCCGCUCCGUCUACAACGGCACGAGCUGCGGCGACGGGGACCUCGCGUGCCUGCGUGACGCCGAGCUCACCAGCCUCCUCGCGGCAUCCCCAUUCGAGGACUACGCCGCAUGGGAGGACUCGCGUCUCGCCUCGGAUUUCCCGGCCCCCAAAAGCGAGGAGGAGCCCCCCUUUUUCCCAGCCGUAGUGGACGGGUGCCUCGUGCCCACGCCGCUGGCGCAGGGCAUCUCGAGGGUGAACGUCUCCCUGGUGCUGGGUAACACGCAGCAGGAGGUGGCCAUCAGACCGCCCUACCCCGAGAUGGAUCGGUGGACGGCGGAGAAUUUCAGCUCCACCCUGAUGGAGAGGAUUGAGAACCUGGACCCAGGGCGGCUGUCCCAGCUGCUGCAGCUCUACCCCUCGGACUGCCCCCCGCCCUGCCCCGGAAAGCAGUACUGCACCGCGGUCAGCGACCUCAAGGUCACGUGUCCGCUCGAUGACCUCGCCAACGCGACCCGGAGCAGGCAGUGGGUCGCUGGCUCGCCCUCCCCCCGUGUGUACCGCUACGUGGCUGCGUUUGUCCCCGAGUGGGGUGCCGAGGCGUCGCAGCGGCCCCUGUUCGCGGCGCGGGGCACGGACGCACGCGCUUUCCUCGGCACCCUGAGCGCCGGGGGGGCCAAAAUCCACGACCGCGAGUGGGGGUUCACGCGGCUCGUGCGCUACUACCUGAUGCGCUUCAUCUCCACAGGCUACAUGCCGGAUCAGUGGCCCGAGUGGCCGGGCGCCGCGCUGCUCUCGGAUGAAUUCACUCCGCGCCACGUCUCCGUGAAUGAGUGCUGCGAAUUCUGGAGGCAGAGCUCCGAGCAGGGUCCAGCGAGAAAAUAACGAGACCCUGCGUGCCGUGGGGCUCCCCAGUCAUUGCGCCCCCCUCUACCCCCAGAGCACCUUGCACGCCAGGGGCAAUUGGGGAGGCGGGUGGGGGUCGGUGGCUAGGAGCGGAUGAGUCCCCCGGUAGAGGUGGGGGGGGGGGGUCCUGCACCUCCCUCUUCUCACCCUGGAAAGGGGGGCAUGCGGCUCCGGGGUUACAAACUCUGGUCUCGGGGUCAUGGUCGGGGGGACUUGGGGUCAUGGGCAGCGAUGUCAGGAUCACGGGGAAUGGUCAGGUCAAUUGAGGUGUCUCUAAUUAACCUGGACUAUAAUGGGCGGGCUGAAGACACUUUAUUCUAUGAUGAUGUGAUGAUGAUGGUGGUGGUGAUGAUGUUGGUGGUGGUGAUGAUUGGAUUUUUUAUUUAAUGAUUUUUUUACGUUACCCGAGGGAUUCACUCUGGGGGCGGGGUGGGGGUGUCGGCAAGACUCAAAUAAAAGCCCUCACUGGAUGUUGAUGAUGAUGGUGGUGAUUUUGGUGGUCAUGGUAGUGAUGGUAAUGGCGAUUUUCAAGAUGGAGAUGAUGGUCGUGGUGCUGUUGAUGGUGGUGGUUAUGAUGAUAGUGUUAUGGUGCUGAUUUUGAUGCUGAUUUAUAUGAUGGUAGUAUUGCUGAUUUUGAUGACGAUCUUGAUUUUGAUGAUUGUGGUGAUUCAUAUGAUGGUAGUGAUUAUGAUUGUGAUUUUUUUUGAUGACGUAGAUGAUGGUGCUUUGAUGGUGACUAUAAUGUUGGUGGUGAGUUUGAUCUCAGUUGUCAUGAUGGUAUUGAUGACGUGGUGAAAUAUGGUCCAACAACUCCCGACGACUGGCGCAGGUUGAGAGGGCUCUCAUACAGCAGUGGAUUGACGAGGCUUGUACGCGUGCAUGGAGAUGCGUGGGGAAGCGGUUGGUCCAGUGCCGGGGUUGAGCUGGUGGAACCUAGCAUUAGAUUUGAGCAAAAAUGGGAAAAACUACAUACUGUACAAGUGUGCGCACGUGUCCACCACACUGAUUUGAGAAGUCCCGGCGAGGCAUCUCCAGGAUCCAGGCUCGAGAAUCCCGGCUCUACAAUCCACACCAUGUACUCAAAGGGUCCAUUAAAUCUGCUGUGUGCAGCUGCUGGGAUAAUUGAGCAGGCGUCCAGCAGUGGAUCUAGCAUGGUGACGACACCAGACUUUCCCCGUGUCGGUACCGCCUGCACCUGACGCCGGAUGAACCAUGGCACCAGUUCUUAUGAACGACGACACUAAAAUAUGAGACGCAGCAAUGUAGGUGGCAACCUCGCUUCGGUUCCCAGCCACGGCUGAGAUCAGUGACGAGUGGCAUCCCAACCUGCCCCGGGCUCCGACUUGACCCACCUGCACACUGACCGGCGUGGUGAAGUAUGGUUAAACAACAGGAGGCGACGCGACAGCGGGGGAGCACGCGAGGGAGGAGGGGAGAGAGGGAGGGAUGGGGAUACGUUGUGGAAGGCUCUCCUGUUCUCGCCUAUUGCAGCAGCAGCAUAUUUAGACGAUCCGCGCCGAGGCCUGCUACUCUGUUUUAACGAGGUCGUGGAA